AUAUCGUGACGAUGCCUGAACCAGCGAAGCCUGCGCCCAAGAAGGGCUCCAAGAAAGCGGUGGCGAAGGCCCCCGGUAAGGCCGGAAAGAAGAGGAGAAAGUCCAGGAAGGAGAGCUACGCCAUCUACGUGUACAAGGUGCUGAAGCAGGUCCACCCCGACACUGGGAUCUCCUCCAAGGCCAUGGGCAUCAUGAACUGCUUCGUGAGCGACAUCUUCGAGCGCAUCGCCGGUGAGGCCUCUCGUCUGGCUCAUUACAACAAGCGCUCCACCAUCACCUCCAGGGAGAUUCAGACCGCCGUCCGCCUGCUGCUGCCCGGGGAGCUGGCUAAACACGCCGUGUCUGAGGGCACCAAGGCCGUGACCAAGUACACCAGCUCCAAGUAAACGACUCUAAGGAGACAUCAAAGCAACGGCUCUUUUAAGAGCCACACACUUUCUCUAUGGCGACAAACUGUCCUAACUUUGAUGACAUGUUCAAUCAAUGGUAAAAUAUCCACUUUUAACUAAUACUGUAACUGUGGUUUAUUAGAUCAUGGUUGAAUUAAAUAAUUAGGGUUCAUAUUGAAAAUGUUCUUGUCUCAUGUCCACAGGCACAAUAUAUUACAAAUAAUAUAAUUACUGAUUUAUUUGUAUAGUGCUGUAAUACACUGGUGUAUUGAGACUGCUAAUGGUUAUUGAUUUGUCUUUAGUGUUAUCAACAUACCGAUAUCAUUAGUCCACAUUAGCUCCACAUCCAUUCAGAGCAGCUCACCUAAACUUUGAAUAAAAGUUUAACCUAACAAUUUACUAUCACUUAAAUGUCACUUACUUAUAGCACUUUGUAGUUUGGCUUUCUUGAAGAAAAUUGUACAUUCUUGAUUCUUGUUGUUCUGGGUUUGUGCCCUCAUGGUUGAAUGCACUUAUUGUAAGUUGCUUUGGUUAAAAGCGUUGGCUACAUGAAAUGUAAUGUAACCAUAACAACCGCUCUCUGUCCAUGGUCCUGGAACAAGGUAUACACUUUUUCAGACGUUUUGUCUUUUGCUCCAACUGUGUACACAUUUAAGCAGGGCCUUUGUCAUGGUUAGAAAUACUUGUCAGUAUAGGGAUAGAGCGGUUUAUAUACAACGGAGUGAUUAUGAUUGGAAAUAAACUCUUUUAAGUCUGAAAAA